AUGAUCCCUAUUGAAGUUAGAUUCGUUGUUUGCUUUGCUCUAGCAGUCAUAAGCUUUAAGGCUCUCUAUUCCUAUAUCCUAGUUCCAUUCAAAAUUAAUCAAUUGGGAGGGUCGUUAUCACUGACAAGUAUUUCGGUAUGGGCAGCCCUUAUAGUCCGUAUUUGGUAUCAUCGUACUAAUAGAAUUUCAAAUACAAGAUUAAAUACUGCUUUCGAUUAUAUUUUACCAUCAUUCUUGAUACAAUCACAAUUUAUUGAUGCAUUACAUGGAUGGUAUUAUGAAUAUGCUGAUAGUACUAUAUUAGUUAAAAUAUUGACAACUAUACCAUGCAUAUUUGGAUUGAUUUCUGCCAUUGUUGUUUUAUUAAAUCGAAAACUCUUAUUUACAUCUUACUAUAAAAUAGAAGCAUCAGCCAAAAUACAUUAG